ACCUUUAGAAGAGGACGUCUCUGGCGUGAUGUCGGAGCCAAAGCGACCUGCUCCAGAACCGUUUGUCACUACUCGGGGUUCAGACAGCUCUUUGUCUAAAGAGAAGCCCCUCGUCGCUCUCAGGGACCCUCCUGCUGUGUCGGAGACGCCCCUCGUGUCCGCCGCUGAUUUGUUUGUGGAUCGAUCAGAAGCUGGCUCWGAGGAACCGCAGAGUGGGAAAAGGAAGCAGGAAGAAGAGAUCGAGAUGGAGGAGCUGGAGUCCAUCAUGUCCAUGGACUUAGAUGGCUUCGAUGACGAGCUGCCCAGUCACCAGCAGGAGCAGCUGAAGGUGCACACUUUGACUGGACAGAACCAAGGUGCUGCCGAGCCUUUAAACAAGAGGCAGCGCACCGAGCAGAGAGAGAACGGACCGAGCCGAGACAUGAGCCCGAAGAARGAAUCAAGCUGUCAGCAGAGGGAGCUGCUUCAGGUAACAAACCUGUGGAACAAAGAGAAGUCCUGUGAAACAAGUAAAAACACUGAACUGUUGGAAGACGAGGCGUCUUUUGUUCAGGAUGAAGAACUUCUCCAGUUGGAUAUUUUCCAGCCUGGAGAUGAGACCAAAGCUGCUGCUGAGCCUGGUGAGCCUGUCGUCAUCAAGCAGGAGGUUCAAGAGUCAAAGCUGGAUGAAGACCUGCCAAAGAAGCUGGUGUUGGUGGAGUUCAGAUCUCUGACUGUGACGUCUCCUCCCACCUCCAGAACCAAACACAUUCAGCAGAACACACACGAGAACAACUUCAAAUGUUUCCGCAAGAAACGUGUUCCAGGUGCAGGUGGUCUCCCACACAUCAUCGGUGGAUCGGACCUCCUGGUCCACAACAGGAGUCAGAACUCUGAUGUGGAUGAGUGGCUGAAAGAUGCAGCAGAGGAGGAGCGUCAGAACAGACGGGACGAGACCAUCGGAGAUGACCUGUUCAG